AUGUCAGACAAGGUUUUCAAAAAGACCAGUGGAAAUGGCCAGCUCACUCUCUACCUGGGGAAGAGAGACUAUGUUGAUCAUGUUGAAACUGUGGAUGCUGUUGACGGUGUAGUGAAAAUUGACCCUGCAGACCUUGGGGAUAGAAAAGUCUGGAUUCAACUGGCCUGUGCCUUCCGUUACGGUCGUGAUGAUCUGGACGUGAUUGGACUUUCCUUCAGAAAAGACAUCUGGAUUCAGCAAGUACAGUUGUAUCCUGAGGCAGGCCACAAGCCCGCCUUGACAGAGAUGCACAAUACUCUUCUAAAGAAAGCUGGAGAACAGGGUCACGCCUUUACAUUUAAUAUUCCAACCAACCUUCCCUGCUCUGUUACCCUUCAACCCAGUCCAGAUGACAAAGGAAAGGCUUGCGGUGUGGACUUUGAGGUCAAGGCAUACCUGGCCAAUUCAGCUGAUGACCCUGACGAGAAAGUUGACAAGAAAGACACUUGCCGCCUUGUCAUUCGUAAGAUCCAGUUUGCUCCUGAUAACGGAUCUGGACAGAAGGCUGAACUCUGCAAGAGCUUUAUGAUGUCUGAUAAACCUGUCCACCUGGAGGCCGCACUAGAAAAGGAUAUCUACUACCACGGUGAUCCCAUCCCGAUCAAAAUUAAGGUCAAGAACGAGACCAACAAAGUUGUGAAGAAAAUCAAGAUUACAGUUGACCAAACCACAGACGUCGUUCUCUAUUCAGCCGACAAAUACACCAAGAAUGUGCUGUGUGAAGAGUUUUCGGAAACGAUCGAAGGCAAUGCGAAUUUUGAAAAAAACCUCUCAAUAACUCCUCUGCUGGCAAGCAAUAAGGAGAAACGUGGCCUGGCGCUGGACGGCAGGCUCAAAGACGAGGACACAAAUUUGGCCUCCACCACCAUUAUAAGGGCAGGAAUGGACAAGGAGAUGCUGGGAAUCCUUGUGUCCUACAAGAUCAAAGUUAACCUCAUGGUGUCAGGUGGCGGUUUGCUGGGAGGUCUGACAGCAAGUGAUGUCACAGUAGAGCUCCCUGUGACCCUGAUGCACCCGAAACCCACAGGUAAAUAA